ACCACAUCACGUCGACAACGAGGUCCAUCACGAUACGUCAUUCGCUGUGACAGAUUUGGUGCAUCCUACGAUUGCCGUUUUCUCAAGCUGCCCAAAGCGGUUCCACCUGCACUGUUAUUCGCCCCUGUCGAGCUUCCGACCCGUGUGCGACGAAACUGCCCGUGCCUGGACGUGGUGUUUUGCGCUUCAACUGUCGCAACGUACUCCUCGAUCAGGUCGCUGCCAAACACGUCAUUCCCGCUUGCCAACUACCAUGCAACUACAGCUAGAUAUCUCUUUACGGAAGAACACACGAAAAUCCUAAGCGGUCUCGCCAUCAUCGGAUCAACUCUACCCCAAAGACUUUGGCUCGGAUAUGAGCCUGACAUCGCUUCCAGCAUGGCCGCCUACAAGAUGCAGCUAGAAGAUUGGCUGGAUGACCUGUGCGUCCGGUUCAUUAUUAACCUCCCCGAGGAGGACCUCUCCUCCGUAGCACGGAUAUGCUUUCAAAUUGAGGAAGCUCAAUGGUUUUACGAGGACUUCGUCCGUCCGCUCGACCCAACCCUACCUUCCAUGACCCUCCGAAACUUCAGUUUGAGGAUCUUCCAACACUGCCCUCUCCUUGCGCCAUUCUCGGUAGAGAACCACACUCGCGCAUUUGAAGAGUUUCUACAGUACAAAACACGAGUGCCCGUACGCGGAGCAAUUCUUCUCAAUGAGGACAUGGACUCUACUGUUCUCGUCAAAGGUUGGAAGAAGGGCGCCAAUUGGAGUUUUCCACGUGGCAAGAUCAACAAGGAUGAGGACGAUUUGGAAUGCGCCAUCCGAGAGGUCUAUGAAGAAACGGGAUACGAUCUCCAUGCUGCCGGCUUGGUUCCUCCCAAUCGGGAUGUUAAGCAUAUCGAGAUAACCAUGAGGGAGCAGCAGAUGAGGCUUUACGUAUUUCGGGAUGUCCCCAUGGAUACCCAUUUCGCGCCACGUACCAGGAAGGAGAUCAGCAAAAUCUCUUGGUACAAUCUUUCUGAACUCCCCGCCUUUCGGAAGAAAGGCAACAAUCAAAAUGAUGCCGCGGCUUCCGCCGCCGCCGCGAACGCAAACAAGUUCUAUAUGGUUGCUCCUUUCCUCGUCCCUCUGAAGAAGUGGGUGGUGCAACAGAAGAAACGAGACAAUGCGAAGAACACCCAACAGGUUCACUUUCAGCCUCAGAAUCUCUACGAUGAGCCUGUUACUGAAGACGAUGCUUGGGUGCAAAAUAAGCCAACGGCAGCCGUGGUUGAGCACACUCCUGCUCUAGAUACCCUUGAAGGUGCGACCAAAGAGCUUCAAAGGUUGCUCAAGGUUCAACCAAACACGCAAGGCCUUCAAAUGCCAUCCAUGUCCGAUGUCAACUGGGACAAGGGUGCAUCUCUUCUCGCAGUUCUGCAGGCAAAUAGCCAAGUCCAAAACAGUGGUCCGCAAAUUCAGGUGCCACAUACCCCGAUCGAUUACAUCGAGAAUGCUUCAAUCCAGACAACUAGGCUGCAUCACCAACACCAUCCACAACCCCGGGCUCCUCUCUCGAGCUACCAGCCGCCCCCUCAGUUUCCACUGGAAGCAAAUGUGCCGGUCCAAUAUUCUUCCCAUCAUCAGCAGUUCGCCCAGGGUGUUCCUGUACAAGGCCGCUUCCAGCAGCCUCACCAGCGCCUCCAUGCUGCUUCACCACGAGCGACGUAUGGCAAUCCUAGCCCCUCAACCGAGUAUCCGACAGGCGUGGAUGGGCCGACUCGGCACGAGAUUCGUCCGCAAGGAUAUUCGCGUCCAGAGGGGCUUGCACAAUUUACCCAGAAUUAUAUGCCAAUUCCGAAACCACCACCUACUCAACUCACCAACCACUCUAUGGCAUUGCUAGGUGUCCUCAAGUCCGGAUCUAAAUCUCCUAAUCCAGCACCAGGGGGCAACUGCCAACAACCACACAUCGUUACGAACGAAACCGGGCAGCAACAAGGACAUCAACCGGGCAGCAAUGUGCAGUCCGCGCAAUACCAGUCUUCGCCGGCCUUCUGGCAACAGGAAGCGCCUCGUUCGGCCCAUGUUUCGGCCCAGAAUGGUCCUGGUCGCAGCACUACAGGCACUGAGGAGCAUAGGUCUGCGCUACUGCAAAUGUUUAAAAAGCCUGAGGGAGACAACGCUCCCACCACAGGGGUGGCGCGCGCAAAUCAAGGCUCAGAGGCGCCCAAGAUAGCCACGGUCGGCUCAAAGCACACACAUGGAUCUGGACAUUCUGGCGUCGAACUUAACCCGUUGUCCUCUCAGCCGAUUAUGCAGCAGGCCGAACAGGGUUCAGCGGCACAUCAACCUAACCUGGCAGAACCCUCAAACCUCAGUCGCAUGCAGCCGAACAAGGGAGCUACUCCAACACCCCCUUUCACAAUCCUGAGACGUCCUGAGGUCUUGGGGCAAACAACAGCACCGCGUCAAGUGUCUGUCGAUGCAGCGCACAGGGCCAUUGGACAAGACAAACCUACAAGCCUCGCCAGUCCGCCAGCGACAUCAUCACUUCCUACGCCUGUGGCCUUGCAGAGAAAGGAAUCCAUGUCCCAUGAACAGAGAAAUAAGCUGCUUUCACUUUUUGGCAAACCUCCACCUGUUGCUCCUACUACAACAGAGGCUGCGGGUAGAGUUCCGGACUCAGCUGCACCAGAAACUACAUCGAGGUCAGGGUCUGCAGCUAGCAGAGGACUGCCAUUAUUAGGGCAGAUCGCUCAGGACGAUGUGGCCGAAUCUCGACGGGGUAGCCAGACGCCCAUUUCGCCAGCCGACCGAAACUUCCUACUUAGCUACUUGGCUUCAGCAACCAAUAACACCAAGUAACUAGGAGACUUGUUGUUGACAAGGCAUCAUCCCAGCGCACAACAUGGAGCGAUGGCAUGUAGACGCUGGACAUUUGGGUGGGUGUGGAUGGGAGGUCAUGGAACGGGCAAGGGGUCGACGGCAAUCAUAGGAACAUCGGCUUUGUUUCAUCAAGGGAACGAAGGAGAAGAAUAAGGGGGGCAGGGCACAUGGAUUUAGGGACUGGGCGGAAAAUAGAAGCAAUUCCCGCUCAGCGGACCAUGGUGAGAUGGCAAAUCGGGUUUCCGGGUAAGGAAGAACAUGACCUCCCAUGCUUUAGCAUGUGUGGCAUAGCAAGUCGUACAGCUGACGUUAGAGUUUGUCUUUA